UUUUUCAUUCAUUUUCUUAUACUAGGUUAUAUGAUCUUGACAUUGACAAUCACUACAAUCAAAUUACAUUAAUUUACAUACAGGUUUGAACAAAAAAGGUAGGAAUGCAAGUCAGUAAAAUCUCAUUAUUAACCACAAAGAGCUUAAACAGACCGGUCGUGUCAUUAGUGCAAAGGUUUCUGCAAACUUCAGUAGCGAAAAUGGUUAAGGUUGGUGAUACUCUUCCCAGUGUAGAUCUUUUUGAAGAUCUUCCUACAAAUAAGGUGAAUCUUGCUGAGCUAGCCAAAGGAAAGAAAAUAAUUCUGUUUGCUGUUCCCGGAGCAUUUACGCCAGGGUGUUCAAAGACCCACUUGCCCGGAUACGUAGCCAAGGCUGACGAACUAAAAAAGCAAGGCAUCAGCGAAAUAGUAUGCGUGUCAGUUAACGACCCAUUUGUUAUGGGUGCAUGGGCGAAAGAUCAGGGAACGGCGGGCAAAAUAAGAAUGCUGGCCGACCCCUCCGCUGCUUUAGCAAAAUCGUUGGAUCUGGUAGUAGAUAUCGCUCCCCUGGGAGGUACUCGUAGCAAGAGAUACUCGAUGGUUGUAGAGGAUGGCAAAAUCACAUCUUUGCAGGUGGAACCUGAUGGUACUGGUUUAUCUUGCUCCUUAGCUGAUAAAAUUAAAUUGUAAUUUUUAGAGUAAUAGUAAAUGUUACCUAAAAUUAGGUCCUACAUAGUUUCAUAAUUUUGUGUUUAGUUUUAAAAUUCAUAAAAGUGCUGAAAUUCAAAUAUAUGUGAAUGGCACGAA